GCGGCAGUUUGUUUUGGUUCCUGGAGGAAACGCGUUUUUAUUCAUUCAUAUCAAAAUGAUCCAUGAGCUGCUGAUGGCGCUGAGCGGAUAUCCGGGAGACAUCCUGACCUGGAGCAAAGGCCCCGGACUACAGGUGUCUCAGGACCUGCCCUUCCUUCAUCCCAGUGAGACCGCUGUCCUCACGCGUCUCUGUGCACUGGGAACUGACUGCAUGAGACUGAAGGAGUUCAUCGAACAGCACACGGACCAUGUCCACCUGCAGGAACAUCACCCGACCCAGCCCAGCCAGACCGGUCUCCACGGCAGCUACCUGUGGGCGUUCUGCUCCGGGCUGGACUCCAUGCUGAGGCCCUACAGGCAGACGCUGCUGGACCUGGAGCAAGAGUUCCUUGGAGAUCCACAUCUCACGAUAUCCCACGUGAACUACAAGCUCCAUCAGUUCCAGCUGCUGUUUCCCUCCGUGGUGGUGGUGGUGGAGACCAUCAGGUCCCAGAAGAUCCACGGCUGCCAGAUCCUGGAGACGGUGUACAAGCACAGCUGGGGGGGGCUGCCUCCUGUUCGCAUGGCCUUAGAGAAGAUCCUGGCCGUGUGUCACGGGGUGAUGUACAAGCAGCUGGCAGCCUGGAUGCUUCACGGGUUCCUGCUGGACCAGAGUGAGGAGUUCUUCGUGAAGAGGGGGCCCAGCGCGGGAGGAGGUGCAGCCAACCAGGAGGAGGAGGAGGAGGACCUGGGCCUGGGAGGCCUGAGUGGGAAACAGCUGAGGGAGCUUCAGGACCUGAGGCUGGUGGAGGAGGAGAACAUGCUGGCUCCGUCCCUGCAGCAGUUCUCUCUGAGGACGGAGAUGCUGCCGUCAUACAUUCCCAUCAGAGUCGCUGAGAAGAUCCUCUUCGUGGGAGAAUCGGUCCAGAUGUUUGAAAACCACAACCACAGCCCUUCUCGAGCAGGCUCCAUCCUGAAGCACCAGGAGGACAUGUUCGCUGCGGAGCUGCACAAACUCAAGCAGCAGCCCCUCUUCAGCCUGGUGGACUUCGAGAACCUGAUCGAUCGCAUCCGGAGCACCGUGGCCGAGCACCUGUGGACGCUGAUGGUGGAGGAGUCGGGUCUGCUGGAGCAGCUCAAGAUCAUUAAAGAUUUCUACCUGCUGGGUCGGGGGGAGCUCUACCAGGUUUUCAUCGACCUGGCACAGCACAUGCUGAAGACUCCGCCCACAGCCGUCACCGAGCACGACGUCAACGUGGCGUUCCGCCAGGCGGCUCACAAGGUUCUGCUGGACGACGACAACCUGCUGCCGCUGCUGCACCUCACCGUGGACUACCAGGGCAAAGACAGCAAAGAUGGAUCCGGCCCCAGAGACGGAGCCACUCCCCCACAGGACACCUCCCCUCGUGAGGCUCCUCCCACAGGCUGGGUGGCCCUCGGCCUCAUCUACAAGGUCCAGUGGCCGCUGCACAUCCUCUUCACGCCGGCUGUGCUGGAGAAGUACAACGUGGUGUUCCGCUACCUGCUGAGCGUGCGGCGCGUGCAGCUGCAGCUGCAGCACUGCUGGGCCGUGCAGAUGCAGAGGAAACAUCUCAAGUCCUGUCAGACCGAUUCUGUCAAGUGCAGACUGCGUAACCACAUGGCCUUCCUGAUCGACAACCUGCAGCACUACCUCCAGGUGGACGUUCUGGAGUCUCAGUUCUCUCAGCUGCUUCAGCAGAUCAACUCCACCAGAGACUUCGAGAGCAUCAGACUGGCCCACGACCAUUUCCUCAGCAACCUGCUGGCCCAGUCCUUCAUCCUGCUGAAGCCGGUGUUCCACUGUCUGAACGAGAUCCUGGAGCUGUGCGACACCUUCUGUUCUCUGGUCAGUCCGACCCUGGCUCCGCUGGACGAGAGAGGAGCCGCUCAGCUCGACCUGCUGGUGAAGGGUUUCAGACGACAGUCGUCCUUAUUGUUCAAAAUCCUUUCGAGUGUGACCAACCAUCAGAUCAAAUCUGAACUGGCUCAGCUGUUACUACGACUGGACUACAACAAGUACUACACACAGGCAGGAGGCACGCUGGGCAGUAUUUGACUUCCAUCAGAAAGAGAGAAGUCGUUUCUCCACCUUCACACAAACGUCCGAGGAGAGAAAUGAUCUCAUUCUUGUAUAAAGUGUAAAUAUGUAAAACCUUCAAGCAGAGAAA